CACUGAAUGACGCACCCUAAUGUUAUCACGUGAUGGCAAGUCUAGACCAGGAAGUAAACAUACAGUACAAACGUCGUGUUGAACAGCUAAAAUGUGAAGAAUUGCCUAAAAGCCCAUUAACACUGGUCAAGGUCAUUAACUAUGGACCCAAGGACUUGGGCCCAGGAUGUGUUACGGUGUCGUCUCUGUGAGACCCCAUGCCCCCCUAUGUACUGUGAUAUUUGUCGCAUUAAUCUAUGUAAAGCCUGUGUGGGGGAACAUCUCUCUGAUGAUUCAGUAGAACACAAAGUGGUGACAUUUAAAAAGCGAGGAUCUACUAAGAAAUGUCCAAAACAUUCCUCCAAUAUAAGUGUACUUUACUGUGAACAAUGUGACAUUCCAAUCUGUGUGCAGUGUGCUUCUUCUAAAGAACACAAAGGUCAUGAAUUUGUUGACAUUGUCAAAAUACUGGAAAGACAAAAGAAAUUUUUAAAGAAAGAUUUACAAGAAUUAGAGAAAUCAAUCUAUCCUAAAUAUCAAGAAAUUGCCGCUAACUUACCAAUUCAGAAAGCAGAGCUGAGUAACAAUUCUAAGAAAUUAACAACAGCUAUUGAUAAGCAUGGAGAAGACUUGCACAGAGAAAUAGACACCAUUAUCCAGAAACUGAAAUCAGAUAUUGUUGAAUUGGACUCCAAACACCUAGCUCUCAUAAAUAAUCAAGAAAAUGGAAUCACACGCACCAUUUAUGAAAUCAAACAGAGCAUUGCUGAUCUGAAGGAAAUACUAGACUACAAUGAUGUCAGCCGUGUCUCUGCCUACAGAUCCAGGAAUGCUGAAUUCAGAAGAUUACCCCCUAAACUCUCAGUAUCCUUACCAAGUUUUACCCCUCAGAAAAUCAACAAAGAACAGCUUUAUCAGCAAUUUGGUUCUCUGUCAGCGUUAUCCAUUAAAUCAAAAGAACAAAUCUACACCACGAAAUCUUCUGGUGCCGAUUCUUCUCCCCCGGGCAAACCUCUCAUUGAUGUACCACGGAUCAUAACAGAUAUUGACACUCGGUAUGAUUUUUUAAAUGAUUCAUCAUUACUUAAUGUGUCUUGUCUAAGUGAUGAACAUAUAUGGACGAGUGGUUCUGAGGACAAAAUGAUGAGGCUCUACAAUAUCCAUGGGGAGUUACUGAAGUCAGUCAAAACCAAGUCAGGGAACGAUCCAUGGGACAUAGCAGUGACAAGGAGUGGGGAUCUAGUUUAUAUUGAUUACCAUGAUAGAACUGUGAACAUUGUGAAGAAUAAACAGGUACAGACAGUGAUCAGACUAUGGAGGACACCUCUCGGUGUCUGUAGUACCUCCUCUGGUGACUUCCUGGUUGUCAUGGUCAGUGAUAAUGAUCAAACGAUAACACAAGUUGUGCGUUACUCUGGCUCCACAGAGAAACAAAGAAUUCAGUACAAUGAAAUAAAACCACCAUUCUCUGACGGUUUUCCCCGAAUGAACACUAAAUGCAUCAGUGAGAACAUAAACCUAGAUAUCUGUAUCGCAGACUGUGUCGCCUGUGCAGUAGUGGUGAUGAAUCAGGCCGGGAAACUCCGGUUUACCUACACUGGUCCUCCUUCAACUCAAUGGGGAUCAUAUGAUCCAUCCGGCAUCACAACAGACAGCCAGGGUCGGAUCCUGACAGCAGACUGCUGCAGCAACUAUAUCCACAUCCUGGAUCAGGACGGAAAGUUCCUUCGAUACAUUGACAACUGUGAUUUAGUCAGUCCCUGGGGCUUAUGUGUGGACACUAGAGACAACCUCUUUGUGGCUCUCCAGAAAUCAUGUAAAGUGAAGAAAAUCCAGUAUUGCACAUAUACAAACUUUAAAUAAACUGCAAUGUUGUACGUACAUGUCUAAAUAACGAUAGAGUGACUGUGAAUGGUUAAUAGAUGAAUCAGUUUAUAUGUUAUAUAUCAACAAACUGACUGUAUAUAUAUUGUAUCUAUUAAUGUAAGCAGACUAAGUCUGUUCAAAGAUAUUUAUGCAGCACAUUUUGCCAAUUUUGAAUAAAAAUGCACAUACCUGUGAAAGAAGAUA